GCUCGGUCAGUUCAAGAUUGCAGAGCCUGUCAGCUUCUUAACUUCUCUCGUGUCUCUUAGGGUCAGUUCAGAAAUGUCGUCUAAGAAGCAGACCUCGGCGAACCCAGCAGAGGGGAUACCUGCCCCCCUCACCAACUGCAAAAUUCAAUAUACUAAGAUAUUUAUAAACAAUGAAUGGCAUGGUUCAGUGAGUGGCAAGAAAUUCCCAGUCAUUAAUCCUGCUACUGAAGAAAAAAUUUGUGAUGUGGAAGAAGGAGAUAAAGAGGAUGUGGACAAGGCAGUGAAAGCAGCAAGAGAGGCUUUUCAGAUUGGGUCUCCAUGGCGGACAAUGGAUGCUUCAGAGAGAGGACGACUCCUGAACAAACUGGCUGAUCUAAUGGAAAGGGACUAUCUGCUUUUGGCUACAAUGGAAUCGAUGAAUGGUGGAAAAGUCUUUUCCCAUGCUUAUCAACUAGAUUUAGGUUUCUCUGUCAAAACUCUACGCUACUGUGCAAGCUGGGCUGAUAAAAUUCAAGGUCGUACAAUCCCAAUUGAUGGAAAGUUUUUCUCAUAUACAAGACAUGAACCUAUUGGUGUUUGUGGCCAAAUCAUUCCUUGGAAUUUCCCCUUGGUUUCGCUAGUUUGGAAAAUUGGACCUGCCCUUUGCUGUGGAAACACCGUGGUUGUUAAACCAGCAGAGCAGACUCCACUCACUGCUCUUCAUGUAGCAUCAUUAAUUAAAGAGGCAGGAUUUCCUCCAGGAGUAGUGAAUAUUGUGCCUGGUUAUGGACCCACAGCUGGAGCAGCCAUUUCUUCUCACAUGGAUGUAGAUAAAGUGUCCUUCACAGGGUCCACAGAGGUUGGCCUGUUAAUCAAACAAGCUGCUGGGAAGAGCAACCUGAAGAGGGUUACACUGGAACUGGGAGGAAAGAGUCCUUGCAUUGUAUUUGCUGAUGCUGACUUGGAUAAUGCUGUGGAAUUCGCACACCAUGGUGUGUUCUUCCACCAGGGCCAGUGCUGCAUCGCUGCUUCAAGGCUUUUUGUGGAAGAGUCUAUUUACGAUGAAUUUGUGAAGAGGAGUGUAGAACGUGCCAAGAAAUACACACUGGGGAAUCCUCUGAAACCGGGAGUACAGCAAGGCCCUCAGAUUGAUAAAGAGCAGUACAACAAAAUACUUGACCUCAUUGAGAGUGGGUUGAAGCAAGGAGCUAAAUUGGAAUGUGGAGGAGAAAAAUGGGGAGACAAAGGUUUCUUCAUCCAACCCACAGUUUUCUCCGAUGUUACUGAUGAGAUGCGCAUUGCCAAAGAAGAGAUUUUUGGACCAGUCCAACAAAUCAUGAAGUUUAAAACUAUUGAUGAAGUGAUCAAGAGGGCCAAUAAUACCCACUAUGGCUUAGCAGCAGGCAUUUUUACCAAAGAUCUUGAUAAAGCUUUAACUAUUUCCUCUGCCCUUCAAGCUGGAACAGUUUGGGUGAAUUGCUAUUCUGUGACUUCUCCUCAAGCCCCUUUUGGUGGAUUCAAGAUGUCUGGAAAUGGGCGAGAAAUGGGAGAAUAUGUUCUCCAUGAAUACCUUGAAGUCAAGACUGUCACAAUCAAAAUUUCUGAGAAGAACUCCUAAGAAUGGCACAAGAGAUGGACCUCCAUAUCUUGAAUGGAUGACCCUAAAACGUCAAAGAUAUCAUGGCUGCCAUUUUCCCUGAUUCUUUACAUUAGCAGCAUAAAAAAAGAAGUUAUAUCUAGAAUAUAUUAUUUGCUCUUAUUCUCAUAUAAACAUGGUGAAUCCUUUUCUUCCUGAAAUUUGGAAAUCUUUCAAGUAUUAUAACUGUCACGAGUUUUCUUAGUAAAUGAUUCUUACCGGAUUUAAAUCAUUAGAAAAAUUAAGAGGACCAUUUAUUAUUUUAGUUUUUCUUUCUGUUAAUGGUUAAUUGAAACAGCACAUGUAUAGAUGUACUCUGUUCACUGAAACUAUUAAGUUGUCUUCAAAUUUGGAAACAAUUCUUCACUAUGAAAACAAUGGCAAUGUCCAAUAAAGUUAUAACUACUCUUCUUAAAUAUAAUUUCAAUACCAGAUUCAUUAAAAUGAUCUUAUAUCA